GAGCGGGACGGGGGCGAAGGGCCGGGCAGUGCCCCGGCGCCGGCUGUGCCAUGGCCCGACAGCUCAUCGGCCCCGCGCUGCCGCCCGGCUUCCCGCGCCGCGCCGAGGCCGACCCGGGCGAGGACUUCAGCCAGGUUGCAGGACCAGCACUGCCUCCAGGAUACAAAAGCAGCUGUAGCUCAGAAACUCCUGACAGUGAGGACGACUCAGAAUCUCUUCCUCUACCCAGAAGUGCAAACAGAGAUUCUGAAGAGGAGACAGAAGGAGAUCCGGCAUCCAAAAAGCCGAAAAGAAUUCUUGAAGAUGACGAUGAUGAUGGCUUUUUUGGGCCUGCUCUUCCUCCUGGAUUUAAAAAACAGGAUGAUUCUCCAGAGAGGCCCAUUAUAGGUCCUGCAUUACCACCUGGCUUUAAGAAACCUUCAGAGGACACCAGGAGUAGCAAAUGUUUCAUAGGACCAUCUGUUUCAUCAGAACUCAGUCCUCAGGUGACAGAUAGUAGCGAGGAAGAAGACAAUCUUAUAGGCCCAAUGCCUGCAAAAGGACCGGUGGAGUCUGAUGUGACUAAAGAAUUUGAACGCAGAGCUCAGAGGAUGAAAGAAAAACUUACUUCAGCAGACAGCGAUGAACCCAAGCAAGUUACCAGGGAAUCAUGGAUGACAGAGCUUCCACCUGAGUUGAAAAGUUUUGGAUUUGGCCCAAGAACAUUCAAGAGACGAGCUGAUGACAAAUCAGGCGAUAGAUCUGUUUGGACAGAUACUCCAGCUGACAGAGAGAGAAAAGCCAAGGAAAGAGAAGAGGCAAAAAAGUCAACCAGUAAGGAUAAGGAAGAAAUAGUGUUAUCUGGGAGAGACAAGAAACUCAUUGAGCAGGUGACUUCAUACAAUGAGUCAAAGAGGUCAGAAUCUCUCAUGGACAUCCAUCAGAAAAAGCUGAAAAGCAAAGCUUCUGAAGAAAAGACCAAACCUCAAGAAAGAAGGCCAUUUGACCGAGACCAGGAUCUCAAAGUCAAUCGAUUUGAUGAAGCACAGAAGAAAGCCCUUAUAAGAAAAUCUAGAGAUCUGAAUAGUAAAUUUGAGCACAGUAAAGGCAAUAUGUUUUUAUAAGAUAAAAGCUUUUUGAAGUGAAGUCAGUUAAACUUUGAAUACUUAAUUUUUGUAAGUACUUUUCUGUAAAUAUUUGUAUGCAAAAUAAAUAUCCUGCUGUUUAACUA